AUGGCAUUUUCCAGAGAAGUAGACAGAAGAAAGUGCAGAGUCUUAAGAUGGAUGAAAACCCUCUUCUUUCUGGCCACCAUGUUAGUUUCACUCCUCCUGUUAUCGGCGCCGGUUCUUCUCCUCAUCGCCGACGCCAUUCUCCCGUCCGCUCUGCUGUCGGCGGCGGCGCCGUCCAUUAUCUCCCUGCAAUCGCUCUCUUCUCACCUCAGCAACUACGACUUCCGCUACUCCCUCAUCGAUAUCCCCCUCAUUUCCAUCGUCCGCUCCGCCAUCAUUCUAUGUGUGUAUAGUUUGUGUGACGGUCCAAGGCUAUCAAGGGGACCAUAUUUGGGAAUUGCGACCAUAUGUUCGGUUUCAUCAUUGGUGUUUUUGUCACUGAAAGCUGGGUAUAUUUUUGGAAAUUAUUCGAGUUCAAGUCCAGGCUCAAAUAGAGAAAGAUUGGGUCAUACAGGAGUAGAUGUAGCGCUAUUUACAUGCUCAUUUCUGAUGGCGAUUGCACACAUCGUGAUGGCAUAUAGGAUCAAUUGUAGAGAGAGGAGGAAACUCCUCGUGUUCAAGAUUGAUAUCGAAACUGUCUCGGCAUGCAAGAAUGGAUUUUCAAGAUAUCCUAAAAUACUCCAAGAAAGACAAUUGUGAAAGAAAACAUUACAUACAUACCAACAUGUGGGUAUGUUUUUUGAGUGAUUCUUGGACCAGUCAAGUUUCCAGGUUUCAGGUUUCCCCAAAGGGGGAUCUGCAGCCUGAUUGGUCGGUCCAAAAAUUUAGUAUUAGCAAAC